AUGAACAAUGUUCCAAUGUUAAAUGGAACAAACUUUAAGGACUGGAAAGAGAACAUAUUGAUUGUUCUCGGCUGCAUGGACAUAGACUUGGCAUUAAGGAUGCCAAAAUCGAAUGCUCUCACUGCACAAAGUACUCCUGAGGAAACUGUGUACUUUGAAAAGUGGGAUCGUUCUAACAGGCUAAGUCUUAUGAUCAUGAAGCGUGGGAUUCCAGAAGUUUUUCGGGGUGCAAUAACAGAGGAUGUUACCGUUGCCGGUGAAUUUCUUUCAGAAAUUCAAACGUAUUUUGCUAAAAACGAUAAGGCUGAAACAAGCACGCUUUUAGCAAGCUUGAUGUCAAUAAAGUAUAAAGGCAAGGGUAAUGUUCGCGAGUACAUCAUGGAAAUGUCUCAUCUUGCUUCAAAACUUAAGGCACUAAAGCUUGACCUAUCUGAUGAUUUGCUCGUGCAUUUAGUUCUCAUCUCUCUUCCUGCACAAUUUAACCAAUUUAAGGUCAAUUAUAACUGCCAGAAGGAGAAACAGACUCUCAAUGAGCUCAUUUGA